GCUUGGCGCUGCCCCGGCCCCGACACCCCCCGGAGCUCGGCGCCGCCCCGGUGCCCGGCGCGCGCGGGUCGCGCUCCUGCGGCCGCUGCGGCUUCGGCGCGAUCUUUCCGGGAAACGAAAUCGAAACGAGCCGGGGCGCCGGGAGGCAGGAGAGCGGCGGGGGCAGCGCCCAGGGCCGUGUUCCCCUCCCGCCCCCCCGGACCAUGUCCCCGCCACACCCGGGGGCUCCCGCUCCGCCCCGGGAGAAAGUUCGGCUCCCGCCGCUGCCCCUUGGCCGGGCCGGGCCGGCCCGUUACCGGCACCGAACAGCGCCGUUGGCAGCAACAGAGUCCCCCGACCCCCCGCGUCCCUGUGGGCUCCCCCGUGUCCCCGCUCCCGACCCGCAGCACGGUUCCGGGGAGGCCGGCCGGGAGGAGGUCGGAGGAGGCUUCCGUGUCCCCGGGCCGGGGACAGCUCCCGUGCCCGCUUUCCCCCUCCUCCCCUCGGCGACCGCCUCCGACCUCGGCCGGGCCCCGCCCCGCCCCGCGUGCACCGGCGGCGGGCACCCGCGGGCGGCCGAGCCCCGCCCUGCAGGCGGCGGAGGGGAGGGAGCGGCCUCGGCGGGGACGCGCUCUUCUCUUAGGAAACGCAGUCAACACCUAACAUCACGGAGGCCCAGCAUGAAUGUUAACUGUGCUGGUGGGACAGACUGGUCAAGAAAUCUGGAGUCCAGCUGCUCUGUGGAAGAUGUAGCUGCAGCAGACCACGAGUCAGGAGAAAGUAAUGUGGUGCUAGGAGGUCAUAGCCCAUCUGCAGGUCCUAGAACUGAGGGUUUAGAUUCUGAAUGCCGACAUACUGCUUGUCCAGUGAGUCCCCAGAUCAGCAAUAUGUUGUCUGCUUCUGAAGAUACACACAACUGUCAUUUUCAAGAUGGAAGUAAAAGACAGACUGAAUAUUUUAAUAGCCAGGAACGCCAUGGAUGCACCACUUUGUCUUCAAGCAUCAACUCACAGACAGUGACUCCAGAGAAAGUGACACUUGUGGUAGAUGGCACUCGAUUUGCAGUGAACCCACAGAUUUUCACUGCUCACCCUGAUACUAUGCUGGGAAGAAUGUUCGGACCAGGAAGAGAAUAUAAUUUCACCAGGCCAAAUGAAAAAGGAGAAUAUGAAAUUGCAGAAGGAAUUAGCUCAGCUGUGUUCCGGACUGUGCUGGAUUAUUACAAAACUGGAAUUAUUAACUGUCCUGAUGGAAUUUCCAUCCCAGACCUUAGAGACACAUGCGAUUAUCUCUGCAUAAACUUUGACUUCAACACAAUCAAAUGUCAAGAUUUAAGUGCUCUGUUACAUGAGCUCUCCAAUGAUGGUGCUCACAAGCAGUUUGACAGCUACCUGGAGGAGCUAAUUCUGCCUAUAAUGGUGGAUAGUGCUAGGAAAGGGGAACGUGAAUGCCAUAUCGUCGUGCUGACAGAUGAAGACACUGUGGACUGGGAUGAAGAUCAUCCACCUCCAAUGGGCGAGGAGUACUCACAAAUCCUUUACAGUUCCAAAUUGUACAGAUUCUUUAAGUACAUUGAGAACCGUGAUGUUGCAAAAGCUGUGUUAAAGGAACGGGGCCUCAAAAAUAUACGCAUUGGAAUUGAAGGAUAUCCCACCUGUAAAGAGAAGGUGAAAAGGAGGCCUGGCGGUCGGUCGGAAGUGAUAUACAACUAUGUUCAACGGCCGUUCAUCCAGAUGUCCUGGGAGAAGGAAGAGGGCAAAAGCCGUCAUGUUGAUUUCCAAUGUGUUCGGAGCAAAUCUCUAACAAACUUGGUCACUGUGGGUGAUGACGUUUCAGAGGACCAUGAGGUUAUAAUGCAUCACCCCCCACAGGUAGAUGAACUCGAUAGGCUAAACGCACCAUUCUCCCAAAUGGCUGUUAACGAUCUACCAGAUUAGUCAUGGCUCAGGGUGCAUAGUGCUGCUUGAUGUGGGAACAUCUCAGCAUAGUUUCAUCCCAGGAGAUGGAACAAAGACUUCUUGCAAGGUGCUUUAAUCUUAUUCAUCCUCUUACUGUGUUGUUGUAUUUCAUUUAAAGCAUGUUAAUAAACAUCCGCACUCCCUAAUAUAUUUGUGCAAUCGAAAGCAACAUCUCUUCAAACAAAGAGAAAUUGUCAUUUGUUUCCACUUAAAAGGCUUCCAGACUGGUGGGUGCUGAAUAUUUUGCCUAAACUUCAAAAAGAAAAGCAGAAGUAUUUAGAAAUGACAUGAGAGAGGAAAUUCUGGGCCUGUCGAAACCAAGCUUUCCUUUACCAAUAGGCACUUAUGUUUGCUCUUGUGAUAAUCAGCACCAAACAUCAAAGCAAAGUAGAUGAUACUCUUUUAUCAACCAACAGAAAUGUUGCAUGCUUAUGGCAACAAAAUACUGAGUGUGGGGGAAUCUGUUUACACUGACACCUGGCUUUGCAUCCAGCAUAUACUACUGUUUUAGGGAAGGAUGGAACUAGUUUAAUAGGAAUGUAUGCCUGCUCACAGGAAUUUCCUGUAUAUACUUCUGCAUAAGAUGGUAUUACGGUUUUCUGAGAAAUUGUUAAAUUGAUUAAAACAAGGAGACUAUACUGAAGGAAAAAGCCAAAAGGAAGACUAGUUGAUUUUUAGCAACAAAGUCUGUUUAGUAGCCUAAAAGAAGCUUUUGAGAGGUGGCUGUGCAUAUUAAAGAUUUUCAGUUGUAUCCCAUCCUUGUUAAGACAAAAAAAAAUCCAAUGGAGCUGAGUAAAAUCCCUAACAGCAUAAACCUUAGUCUAAAUUUCCAUGGAUUCUCUAAGAAACGCUCUACUCACAGGGUCUGUUGCACCUUUAAAAGGCAAACUACUUUCUUCCCAGUUUGGAACUGAUGGGACCCUUUUGCAGUCAGGCAGGUAAGAAAUAUCAGUAGUAAAUGAGACUUAGUAGAAAAAAGUGCUGGGAACGACUCUACUCUGCUUCUCCAAAUGUGUUACAGGACUCUGUAUUUAAGGCUCUGUUCAUUUUAGAUUUGAGACCAAUGGAGCUGUGACUAAGUAUAAACAUACUCCAGGCUUCUCUGAAUUGUAGAAUGGUUUGGGUUAGAAGGGACCUUAAAGAUCAUCUAGUUCCAGCCCUCUUGCUAUGGGCACAAUACCUCCUACCAGACCAGGUUGCUCAAAGCCCCAUCCAACCUGGUCUUGAACACUUCCAGGGAUGGGGCAUCCACAGCUUCUCUGGCCAACCUGUUCCAGUGCCUCACCAGCCUCAGAGUGAAGAACUUCCUCCUUACACCCAAUCUAAACCUACUCUAUUUUAGCUUUAAGCCAUUAGUCCUUGUCCUAUCCUUACACCCCCUGACAAAGAGUUCCUCUCCAGCUUUCUUGAAGCCCCUUGUAGGCACUGGAAGGCUGCUGUAAGGUCUCCCCAGAGCCUCCCCUUCUCCAAGCAGAACAACCCAAAUGCCCUCAGCCUUUGUUGGAGAUGUGCUCCAGCACCUUCAUUAUCUUGGUGGCCCUCCUCUGGACUUGUUCUAACAGGUCCACAUCCUUCUUAUGCUGGGGGCCCCAAAGCUGAAAGCAGGACUCCAGGCGAGGUCUCAUGAGAGCAGAGCAGAGAGGAUAAUCCCCUCCAUCACCCUGCUGGCCAUGCUGCUUUUGGUGCAGCCCAGGGUACAGUUGGCUUUCUGGGCUGCAAGCACCCAUUGCUGGCUCGUGUUCAGUUUUUCAUCCACCAGUACCCCCAGGGCCUUCUCUUCAAGGAUGUUCUCUUUCUACUCAUGUGUAUUUGUGCUGUAUUUGUGCUUGGGAUUGCCCCGACCCAGGUGCAGGCCCUUGCGCUUGGCCUUGUUGAACCUCAUGAGGGUUUCCCAGGCCCACCUCUAAGUCCUGUCCAGGUCUCUCUGGAUGGCAUCCCUUCCCUCCAGUGUGUUGACCACACCAUGCAGCUCGGUCUCCUCAGCAAACUUGCCGAGGGUGCACUCAAUCCCACUGUCUGUGUCGCUGACGAAGAUGCCAAACAGGGCCGGUCCCAGUACUGACAGCUGAGGAACAUGAGGAACACAAUUCAUCACUGGUCUCCACUUGGACAUCAAGCUGUUGACUGCAACUCUUUGAGUGCGACCACCCAGCCAGUUCCUUACCCACUGAAUGGUCCUGCCAUCAAAUCCAUAUUUCUCAGCUUUAGAGACAAUGAUACUAUGGGGGACAGUGUCAAGUGCCUUGCACAAGUCCAGGUAGGUGAUGUCAGCUGCUGUUUUGCUAUCCACCGAUGCUACAACCCCAUCAUAGAAUGCCACCAGAUAUGUGAGGCACGAUCUGCCCUUAGUGAAGCCACGUUGGCCAUCACCAGCCACCUCCUUACUUUCCAUAUGCCUUUGCAGAGUUUCCAGAAGGGUCUGCUCCAUGAUCUUGCCUGGCACAGAGGUGAGAAUGAGUGGCCUGUCAUUUCCUGGGUCUUCCUUUUUUCCCUUUUUAAAAAUGGGUGUUACGUUUCCCCUCUUCCAGUCACUGGAAAGUUCACUGGACUGCUACAGCUUCUCAAAUAUUUUGGACAAUGGCUUAGCAACUUCCUCUAGUUCCCUCAGGACCUGUGGUUGUAUCUCAUCAGGUCCCAUGGACUUGUGCACUUUCAGGUUCUUUAGAUGGUCUUGAACCUGAUCUACACUGGGCAGUUCAUUGUUCUUCCAGUUCCUGCCUUUGCCUUCUGGGGCCCAGACAGUGUGGCUGGAGCUCUUGUUGGUGAAGACUGAGGCAAAAUAGUUUUUAGGCCUCAGCUUUCUUCAUAUCCCAGGUGACCAGGUAUCCUGUUUCCUUCCGGAGAGGGCCCACAAUUUCCCUAGUCUUCCUUUUAUCAGUGAUGUACCAGUAGAACCCUUUCUUGUUGCCCUUGAUGUCCCUGGCCAAUUUUAGUUCUAAAUAGGUUUGAGCUUUCCUAACCUGAUCCCUGUCUGUUUGGCAAUAUUUCAGUAGGCUGGUUUAGUUAGUUAUGCUAAAGCCUAGCUGGUCCUGUUCCUGCACUAUGGCAUUAUCUCUGGGCUUGUUUAACCCCCUGAAGAGCACAUGGUGUUCAGCACAACCAGAGCCAAGCUCUCAGGCAAGCAAGCACAGGCCUGUGCUACACAGCCACCAUUUCUGGAGAGAUUUUUACAUAACCAAGGCAGAUUUGUAGCCAACUUUGACAGAGUGCUGGUGCGAAGAAAAGUUGAAACUGAUUCAAAAAGAUCAAGAGGAAGACAGCUCCCAUAUGUUCAGCACAGUUGGCUGGUGUUGAAACCUGUGCCAGUUAUGCACCCAGUCAUAAUCUGGUCAUAAUUAGCAAAAUGGAAGUAGCUCUCAGUCUGCCCCUAGAUGUUUAAUUUUGUUGUUGUUGUUUUCAGGAUUACAGCAAGCAAAUUUUUCAUUCUUUGCCACCUGUACAAACUGUAAUAGUAUUGAAGUUUGUUGUUACAGUUUUGCUUCUAUAGCUGUUUUUUGUUUAUUUUCCUCAGUGUAAGAAAUAUGAAUGCCUUUGUGGUUAAGAGUAACAAAAUGAUCUCUGCGAAGGCAUGUACUUGCUGAUACAUUUAGUUCCCAUCUGUAUGGAUAUUCUAUUAUUUGCAGUGUUUCUGUUAUUAGCUUCUUUCCUAACUGCAGCAAAUAGAUUUCUUAUUUUCAUAAGUGCCUAUGGGAAGAUUUUCAAAAGUGCUUCAGGCCCUCCUGGGAAUCCCAGGGGUUUCAAUGCCUGGGUCCAUAUGACCACUUUUGAAAAGUCCUGCCCAUGUGUUAUUGGAGAAGUGUCCUUCAGUGUCUGCACAGAGGUGGUUUAAGUUGUGUGCAAUCACUUUCUGUUAUUGCUGUAGAUUAAUUUGUAUUCCUGUAGUAGAAAAAGGAAGAUGUGGCACACUAAUUAUCCAGCUAAGGGCCAGACCAAACACACUACUUCCUUUAGUAAGUGAGAUGUUCCACAAGUUGAGGAAAAGCAGUGCUGUGAGAUUGUCACUCCAACAGUGAUGGAGCUUAGCUCCCGGCCCUGUGGCUUUUAUUUUUUGUGUUUGUGUAUUUAUUUUUACAGCAGUGUAAGUUUUAAGUAAAUGUGUAUUGGUAUUUACUUGGAGUUUACAUUUGUUCUUCUCUAAGGACCUGAAUGUGCUUGUUGUCAAGCACUACCCUAUACUUCCAGGACUGUGUGAAGGUAUCAGAAGCUGAUCAAACAGCUUAGUGCUAUAUUCUGCUAAAACAAAUUUCACUGUUGUCUGUCUUUGAUUUCAGUGUUAGCUAGACCUGAAGGAUUCAGUUUGUUAGAAACAGUGACCCCAGCCACUGACGUGAAACGAGCCCUUGCCUAAGGGGUAAAGGGUUGGUGUCUAGUAGGAACUUUCUGGUACUGCGUAAUCAAUUGCACUUACAGUAGAGGAUGGAGUGAUCUGCCUUCUGUGCAGUGUUUUGCAGACACUCCAAAAAUCCCCUGUUCUUUAUUGGCUUUUCCAAGUAAUUAGAAAUGCAUUUUAGUUUGUUUGUUUGUUAGUAGAGUGAAUGCCAUUGGAACACUGUAUCAAGUUGAGAAAAAUAAGCAUUUCCUUUUUGUCCUUUUUUCACAGUUACACAGUAUUCAGGUACAUCAUUUGGUCUUAUUCUAGAUAUGCUGAAACGUUGACCAUGGCAUUUAUGAACUCCUAGAGAUGUAUGGUUUCUUCUGUGUAUUAAAAUAUAAAUUAUACAUGGCUUUUUUUGGCUUGUUUAUGUUGUUUUGAAUGUGGAGAAGAAUGGGUGUAGGGUAGACAACUAGGCGGUCAUGUUUCCUCACUUCAUAAAGUAAAUGUGGCUUGUAAUCUAGUCUUUGCAAUAUAUUGAAUCAUGCAGACCAUGAUUGGUUUGGCAGGGAUCUCAUCCAGCAGCUGCACAGAAGUGUUGCUACCCCUUGCACUGAGAGGGCCUCAAGGAAGUUUACCAACUUGAUGUAGUGAUGUCCUAAAAGCAGCAUGUAGCACAGGUAUGAGACAAGGGUAUUUAACCCACAAACUAUGCAGCAUGUAUAAAAGUGCUGUUUUGGGUUAAUAUGCUGUGAAAGGAGCUUUCCCAGUCUAACUUGUUCUCUGUCUCUCAGAGGAAAGCAGGAACAGGCCUGCCUUUUAUUCUCUUCUUUAGUGUUAGAUGUGUUUCAAGAGCUUUUUCAAACAUGGUCUACCGUUGUAGCCUUAUGCCUGAACAGUUGAGUCUAAAACCUCUUUCAAGUCUGCCAGAUAGUCAAAAAGAGAAAUUCCUUCCAUCAGGAUUCCAGUUUGAAAAAACAACAACAACACAUGCUAGCAAAAUUUUGUUUACUAAGAGGAUUUUAUUUACAUACUACAACAUAGAGAUUGUUCCAUAAAAAGUUGGCUCCUCCAACAUCACACAAUACAUCUGCCAAGUCUUACAGUGCAAUUUGGUAACAGUUUUUAAAUAUUUGCAAAACACUUUUUCAAAUUAUAGGGUUAAGGCAGAAUCAGGGCACAGUGAUAAGAAACACUUAGUGCAGUUUUGUGUUAGGCAUGAUACAAAGGUGAACUGGCAUCAAAACUCAAGUUCUGAUUCAUUGGAAAUCCAGAUUAGAAUAAUUCCUAGAAGUCUAGCUGAAAAAAAAAAAAAAAAAAAAAA